GGAGUGAGAGAGUAGGUAGCUUUCCAACAUUAGCGGUGGGAGUUCUCCUCCAGGGCUGAUUUGGUGGACACUAUGCGCUUUCAAUUCCUGGAUCCACAACGAAUGAAGAUCCGGAUGGACUGAUGCUUUAAGGACAUCGCUCAAUCAAGUCAGUGUGGAAACCUAAUUUUGGUCCGAUUUUUUCAUCAGAGUGCGUGGCUUGUGGUGAACUUAUUUGUAGCAAGGGGAACAGAACUUCAGUAAGACAUCGCUCGGAACUGUUGAUACGUCUUCAAAGAAAUCUAGUAGAUUCGUGUGGCAGCGGUUGUUCCCUUUUAGAAAACGCUUUCAUUUCUAGAAUUCGCAGGUUGAAACCCAGUUUCGUUUGGCUGCUUAAAAACAUUUUCUUUUUAAUGAGAAAUAAUGUUUCUGGACUCUCUAUAAAUAUACUACUAACAGAUGUUGGCUUAUAUGAUUGUGUUGUAAAAUCCGUGGUAGAAGCCGUUUCAGCUGUUCUGGUAUGUUUUGUCCAACUGUUGCAGUACUGCAUAUCUUCAUUCUGUGUGUGCGUUAGUGUGGGUUAUUCACAGUGUUGCUAUGCAGACAGACUGGAGCCACACGACAGCUUUACUUGAACCCCACUCUGAGGGUUAGGCCUGGGCUGCUCACAGUGAAAGAAAUCUUUGAAGCAAAGGAGAACCUCUGCAUUUUCCAGUCCACGUUGUGUAGAAUAGCAUAUGUUACACAGCUUGGUGUAUUAGUGUUGAUUUUUCAGGAUGCUGUUAUGCAGACAGAGAGGAGCCAUAUAAAACCUGCUGGUAACAGCCAUGACAGCACAUCCUGUUAUGUAGCUAAACAGAAUGUGUGAGACAACAUUUGAAUCUUCUGGUUGUAGUUUGCUUUGUGCUGUUGACUACUUAAAUUAAGUAUACACCAACAUUACCAUCCAUAUUUCCUCAAAUAAAGAAGCACAUGCUUUAAUGAGAAAAAUGUACUGAAUGGCAACUCUUCUAUGGUUAUUUUAAUUUAAAUUUGUAACUUUAUUGUUUUAAAGGAAUUGUGUCUGAAAUUAACUUUGCUUUAACUUGUUGGAUAUACAAAUUGUUGCAAAAUGAAAAAAUCUCUUUUACUGAAUAAUUAUUUGAACAACACAAACAACAAAGAGUCAGUUGUGAUCUCUGUCCCAGGUACAAACAAGAAAUUCAAGAGAAAGUCCCGUGAGCCUAAAAGACUUUGUACUAGUAUUGAAACUGAAAACAUGAACAGAUUCCCAGUGGACAUGUCAGAAAUAGACUUUGUAGAUGACCAAAUGGUUAACUUCAGCAAUCUGGCUCCUCUCCAGAGACCACUGAUGAGGUCACAUGAUAUUAUAGCCAAUAGCAGUGACAUUCUGUCAGCAAGACAAGAAGACAGUACAGCACCAGGCCAGAGCGGUGCCAUAGAUAUGAGAGUUGGCAUUAACAUACCAUCAGUGUCUACUAAAGUGUCCCAGUCACCUGCCUCUCCCCUGUCCUAUCAUGAAAUAUCCCACUGGCCAAUUUCCAUCUCUCAGCCCUUGAACAACAGACUGAAGCUUGGUCUACACUCCACCUUACCUGUGCCGGCACCAACCAGUGGCACCAUUUCUCCUAGCCACCAGGCAUUCUGUUGGGAGUCCUCACUACCUGGCCAGCCUGAAACAGCACCCAGAGUCUCCCAGUGCUUCGACCAUGUAAAAACUCAAGUCUCUGAACAGAAGGAAUCUCCAAGGAAGAAGGUUGGAGUUGAUGGUGAUACACGGGCACGUCUCCCAGAGGUCAAAGCUAUACAACAAACUAGAAGGCUACUGGCCAAUGCCAGGGAGAGGACUCGUGUUCACACCAUCAGUGCUGCAUUUGAGGCACUAAGGAAACAGGUGCCAUGCUACUCCUAUGGACAGAAACUUUCCAAGCUUGCUAUUUUACGUAUUGCUUGCAACUAUAUUCUGUCUUUGGCUCACUUAGCUGAGCUUGACUACAGUCCAGAUCACAGCAGUGUGAGCUUCUCUCAGUGUGUGGAACAGUGUACCAGGACCCUACAGGCUGAAGGGAGGAGCAAAAAAAGGAAGGAGUGAUGAUCUUGGAGGCGAGUUGAAGAAAAACCAUUGAAUCUGAAGUGGAAGAAGUGGAUGAAUACAGAAAAGUUUGACUUAUGCAUUUCAUAAGUUGUCUGUUUAUACCCAAUUGUGAAACUGAGUCUGUGUCACAUAGUUCAGGAUACAAUGUUAACCAUGGAAAGUACCAAUAGAAUCAUACAGGUACAGUAUUGUUAAUGAUUAUUGUAGAUUUUGACUAUUAUAAGAUAUCAAUUUGUCUUUUUUUUUCUCCAAAUAACAAAUUUAAAUACAUACAGCAAAUAAUGACCAAACUUCUGACCAGCACAUUAAUGUACACAAUAAAAAUUUAUUCACCCACUUGGAGAUUUAUUCAUGAAAUAGCUGAUUUACUUCAAUUUUUAGAAAGCUGAUUUGAGUUUGGAUAUUACCAAGUUUGAUAAUUGUGAAACCUGCACCAUCAGGUAAUCAGUCAAAUAAAAUGUCUGGCAUAUUUUCAGACAUGUGAUCUAGUACACCAAAGCAUAUUAAAAGAUCAGGUGCUUUUCAACUAAACCUUUCUAACUGGUCCACCCCAGCAAGAUUAAUUUUCCAUUGGCAGAUUCGGUGCUGUUCUGCCUGGCUGUUUUCAGAUUUUUGUACCUACUUCAGGGGUAGUAAGAGGCGCACCGAACCAGGUACGGCACCAGAACGAUUUGAUUAACAGCUGCCAGCAUUUGUUGAUUGGCUCUUGAUUUAUGUCACUGAAAUCUCCAAAAUAAUAUUAUAAUUUAGCUGUGGAGAGCUGCUCAUAGCUUAACUAUGAGUUUAAUCAGCAGCAGCGCCAGAAACACAUGCGGUAAGUUUGGCAACGGAAUGACCGUGAUUUAGCAGCGCUGUAAGCAGCUGGUAUCUCUGAAGAACAACCGCAGUUUUGUGCCGACAGUAUGAAACAUAGUCAAACAUUUCUGAAAAGAAGAGUGGACUGAAAUUCCUCUAAAGCCGUUUAAGAGUCACUGCCAGCAAUCAUAAAUCCUUGAUAGCAGCAUAAAAUGAGCCAGUUUUAAGAAUGCACGAUAUUAGAUUUUUGGUCACUAUGCGAUAUGACGAUAUUCUAAAACUCAUUUGGCCGAUAGCCGAUACCAAUACCGAUAUUUUUUCCUAUACCUACUUACUGAAACUAUAUGGCUUUCUCUGCUGUGGAGUUAAAAUACUGCAUUCUCUUUGUCAAUUUAGACUGCUACCAAAUGCAAAUGCUAAAAAGGAGGCUGAAAAUGAUUUAAUACUUUCCACUUGCAUUGUUUAAUGUCAAAUUUAUUCAUAACAUUUGCUCUCUAAGACAAUGACAACAUUCAAACAGUGCAAAUUUGACAUUGUGGUGUGCUGUAGGCGUCAUUGUCACUGGUGUGUCAUAUUGUUAGAAAGCCCACACUGUUUAUACUUAGUCUGUGUAUUAUAGUAUUAUGUUUUGCCGUUCUAUCAUUGUACGUUCUAAUUUUCUAUGUUAUUGAACUCAUCAUAGUUGUACAGACACCCUUUGAAUACACCACAGAUCUGCGACGUUGAGCAGCAGCAACACUUUUCUGCAUUUUUUCCUCGGUGCAGCGGUAGAGGAGAUUUUACCUUUAUGUCUUGGUUUGUCGUUGUGUGUGAAUUUCCAAAAUGUGAGCUUCAUUACUUUGUUGUGUUGUGGGUUUGGUACAGCCGAGCGUAUUGGUUUAAUUCUGAAUGCGCUGAAGUUUUUCCGUCUUAGAGCUCCGUCUAGUUCGCUAUGCUGAUUUGCGUUUGUAAAAUUCAGCUUGAUUUAAAGCGGAACUCACAAUAUACUCAAGGGGGAUCGGUCACAGGAAUCAGGUAAAAUAUGUUACACCAUUUAAUUUGAUAAGAAAAUAAAUAUCCAACCACUCAAUAUGAAAUUUGUUGAUUUUUAACAACAAUGAUUUAUUCAAAAAACCACAAUAAGAAAUAAUAACAUCUAUUCUGAUAAGUAGAUCAGUAACUAAAAAUCCCUCAAAAAUAAUUAUAGGUUAGAUUUAAAUCAUUCAGUUUAUGCCAGCAAAAAAACCUAAAUAAUUAAAUGUCCAAAAAAGUCCGUUCUUUUUUAAUCAGAAUAAUGUCCGCAAAGGAGUUCCAUAUCGUCACAUCCAUAUCUCAGGUCCCUCUUGAAAAUGAGAUCUAGAGCUCAACGGGGUUUACCGGAUUAAAUAAAUAUAUCCUCAAAAAACAAAACAAAGUCCUGGAAAGUAUUUCCCCGUUUUAAUCCAAAAUGAAAAACCCAAAACGUCAAAAAAAAAAAAAAAAGAGAAAAAAAGAGUGGUACCACCAAAAAACCCCCAAAAGAAAAGUAAAGUCCAGAACUCACCGGGACCGUCUUUCUUUCCCCUCGGUGUCUUCUCUCACCGGACGGCGUUUCCUGGGUGCAAGCUCCGAUCCAGUUUCUAAAACGCACAAUCUGCGGCGCUGGGGCGAACUUUGACUGCUGUUUUAUGUCUUUUCUUUCUUUUUUUUUACUUGUUUUAAACAUUCAAUCAAGUCUCCCGCUGCACAGAUCUGACGGUGUGCGUCGUCCUCUCCGGUUGCGCCGACGCACACGCCCCUUUUUAUUUACUAAUUUCAACCACACCUAAAACCAGUAUGAUGCUGCCCAAAAAUCCGUUUUGAACAGUGGAAACUUGUAAUAAUUUUAACAAUCACGUAACAUCACCUGUUCUACAAAACAGUUUGAUACAUUUACUCUUUAAUGUAUUUAUUCAGAAAAAAACAAACAUAGUGGUUAUGUUAUUGGUUUAGUUGAUUUGUUGUUCGGCUUUUGGGACAGUUUGACUGAAACAAUAUUUUGCGUGUAACUAUUGUGUUAUGUUUUGUUUAUACUACUAUAUUGAUUAUUAUUUGUCUAUUGUUGUUUCGGACCAUCUACUUGACAAAUUCCUACAUAAUAAAUGCAUCUGAAAUAAACCAUUCAA